CGAUGCAUCAGUGUACUGUGUAAAGAGGGUAGGGGAGCCUUUUCCCAAAUCCAGUAAGUGUUUGAGUCCGAAUAAAGCCCAGAGCUAGUGUUCAAUUCUCAUAACGAAUCACGUGCAAACGGUUUCGAGGAAAUCUAAGUUCUAGCCUGCUGCGUGUUGAUCUAGUUGGCUUGGGAUCAGAGUUUAGAUGGUUGGUAAAGUCAUCAGAUGCUGAAGAGAGCUGGCGGGGGUGAGAAAAGCAGCCACAAUCCAGCAGCAUUAAGACUGGAAUGGGUCAAAAGCUGCGAUCGAGUGUAGAUCACUUAUCGGCAGCAGGAGAGUGCCGAGCGUAGCAGUAGUAAGUGGAAUCAUUGCUUGCUGUCGGCUAUUGAUGUCCGUCAAAUCGUGGUCAAGUUCCGAGGGCCCCAAUCGGGAAAGCGUUUCCUCCUCGCAUGAACACUCCUGAAGUUGAUCAGCUUUUCUAGUAGGGAGUGGUGUUCACUAGUAUUCAUUGUAUCGAGGCUAUACUUUCCGUAUGCCGACUAGAUUUUCCUCCACUUUCUCUGGCUGUGGCAGCAGUUGCGUUAUCUUCGCAGGGGAGCUCCUUCCAGGUGAGCGGUAAAAUCCUGACUUGGAUCGGUUCAGUACUAGAAUGGAUGUAGCUCGCGUAUUGCAGCUGUGAGCGGGAGAUAAUUGCAGCCAACUAGUACGCUUUUCUAGCAAGCAUUGACAGACUCGAAGUUAGUGGUACCGUCGGAGCGCUAAUCACCGCAACGGCCAGCUGCAUUCAACCUGCACGUAAAACGCUAUCCCCCUCACUGGACGCCAGCAAUUUCGCCGUAGUGGCCAGGAAGUUAGCCUUUACUUUCCAGUUUCCGUCCUCUGAUAGGAUGGGGUGCAGAAGUCGCCGAGGCUGUACUGGUUCGUCCGUGAAAUCUUCUAAUUACGAUUUACAAAGUCGCAGUGGUACCGACAUCGGGUGACUCCUAUCCUGUUACAACUGUUUUAACGCGAGGGAAGGGGUGUAUAUAGGAGCAAGAGUGACUGAGUGGUAGGGAAGGCAUGGGCAAUAAACCCCUCGUGUGCUCGAAGCUGCUUCUGGUCUGAGGUGUCUGCCAAGGUACACAUCUCCGCAGACCUGAACCGCACCAUGCCCUCCACUUUGGGACUUGGUCCGGCUUGAUCUUCGAGUAACUUCCUUCUUAAAUCUUCCCAAUCGGUCACCAAAGGUCUGUCAUCUUUGUCGUUAUUUGUGAUGUGCUGUAUCCUUUUGCAUCCCGCCUCGUGGUCGCCCAUUUUCUGACGCAAACUCAUUUGACGCUUCAUCUCCGCCCCAUCAGUGCAUACAUUGGUCUGUCCAAAGUCUGAUCGCUACUACCGAGUGCUCAUUCCCCCCCAGUGCCUGUUUGUGACCAGACUACCGAACCUUCAUGCGGCAAGUUUGCUCUCCGUCCCUAGUGAUUUUGCGUUAGAGAAGGACUCCAUCCUAGUACGCAUUGAGCUUCCUGUAAAGCGUGAGGUCUUGAACCUUGAGUAAAUUGGUGAGACUCGUAAAACCGGUGAUCGUUUCAGUGAUCGGGUAGAUGCAUUCCCAAUCUCACUGAAGAACUUCGUACGUAAUUUAGUGGAGGCGAUGCGAGUGAGACGUUUUUCCAAGCUGAAGUUAUUGUGAGAGGUUCUUCCGAGCCGAGUCCCUCCAUUGCUCUGUCGAAGAAGCUUAAUGCAUUAAGUUGGAAGGUUAUCGGCACUUUGACUAGAGAGAGGGGUUUGAAUAGUGAAUGCAGGAGCUCUUUGUUUUCCAUGAAUAGUACUUUAGCUUGACCUGGCUGAAAGACAAUAUGGCCAUGAAUUUGUAUUCCAUCGGCUUGACCAUGGAUCCAUUGAAGGGCGGGCUUGCAAUCCACGAAGUUGACUCUUCUACAACGCAAGAUCCCUCUCUGUCGCAACUAUCAUUCCAACCAGGCUUGGCCGAGCGAAUGACCAAUUCUGGCGGUGGAUGGUCUGUGAAUACGAGGUCAUCGAACUUAAUCAAUGGAGCGGAGGCCUUUGAGGGAACUGCAAGAGGCGCCACAAAGACGGGAAAUGAGUGCAGGCACGGAGGUCAUGUUCAGCAGGAGAAUUCCUCGAGCUCCCAACAGGCAGCGGCUUUGCUAAACAGACCUGGCUAUGCUUCAGGAAAACGGAAAGGCUCCAUUUCUAAGAACUCCAUAACCACGAAGAUGUUGGAAAGCGACGAAAAGAAAGCGAAAUGCCUUAAAAAAGGGGUGGCUGGCGCUAGUGCUAGCAGCAGCAAGGGACCAGUUGAUGAAGUGAAGACUUCGAUGAAAGAAGAAGGAAGCCCAGGAAGCGAGCACUCGGGGGAAAUGAGCCCCAGGUCAACCUUGAAAACAAGCUCGAAGUCCCAAGAUGAGCAUCCGAAGCAGGACUACAUCCAUGUGCGAGCUCGGAGGGGCCAAGCGACAGAUAGCCAUAGUCUCGCCGAAAGGGUACGAAGGGAGAAAAUCAGCGAACGGAUGAAGUUUCUUCAAGACCUCGUGCCAGGUUGCAGCAAGAUUACAGGAAAGGCAGUUAUGUUGGAGGAAAUCAUUAACUACGUGCAAUCCCUCCAACGUCAAAUCGAAUUCCUGUCAAUGAAGCUAGCAGCUGUUGAUCCUCGCCUCGAUAUCAAUCUUGAGCAUCUACUCAACAAAGAGCUCCCACAAGCGAGAUCACCUGAAACAACUUUGAUGAGUCCCGACCUAGUAGCAGGCUACGGAGAGUAUCAAACGCAGCUACAAAUCCAACAGCAGAUCAACAGCUGCAACAUGGACUUGAGAUCUGUGGGAACAUUGUGCGAUGCAUACCUUCGACGGUCAAUGAAUAUUGCUCCAAUGCCCCAUACAUCUCUAGCGUACACCGAGAGUUUGGUGGACUCUCUAACCCAAACGCUCAACGGAGUCUGUGAUACAGGAGACCUCCAAGCCAUCGUUCACAUGAAUAAUUCUCAAGGCAGGCAAGAAGUUUUCGAUCAAGAGCUUCAUGGUUUUGUCCCAGGUUUUGCAGGACCAGGCUAUCUGACUCCUGGGCACCUGAAAGUGGAGUACUCGUAAACAUCGUUGAGGUCCUCCACUUCAUCAUGUACUAUGCAAGAUGGUGACGGACAAACUGUGAAGAUGUAGAUGAGAAGCAUUGGAUUUAGGUAUCGCUUAUUUUCAUUCUGCAUGGCUGCAUUCCUUGCGGAGUUGUAACAGACUGCCAGAUCCAAAAACCAUACGCAAGAUUAAAGAAUCGAGAAACAGACGUUGCAUUCCUUUCACAGAGGAUAUUCUUCAUCGGAGAGACCCUUCGAAGAGUAAUGAUCGAACAAUCGAUCAAUUUCCUGAAAAGACAGAACCAUGAAGAGGUUCCUUCGCACUAUACAUGUGCGCCACAAUGUGUAAAGGUGGUGAAGAUGGAAAGGUACCAAUUCAGUUUCCAUGUGCAGUAUUUUUAUUAUUAUUUUUUUUUUAUGACUACUAGUGAGUGCAGCUGUGCUACUCACUUCGAAGCCAAUCUGUCUGAACAGUAAAAGACAACAACAGACAAGAAUUGUGUUACAACUAACCCGCAACCAAUACAUUUGGAAAUACACCUGGAAUCGCCAUGGAGUGUGCAUCGAUGGAUGACUUUUCCAAUGCUCCUGUAGGAUUAGUAAAAGUGGUAUUUGGUGCUGAUUGAAAUCUCUUACUGCUUGCAAAGUAGAAACAAGGUGACAAGGUAAAUCAAUUUAUGAUUCAUCUUGUUGUAGAAGGACUAUUUCUUUGAGGGUGGAAUCAGAUCGAGUCCGGGGGUUCAGGAUCAGCGGUUGCGAUUUCUGGUUCCUAGGGAUUAGUUUCCUGCUUAACCCAGAACCGUCGUGACUGUUGAGCAGAGCAUUUUGAUAAUGAAAUUUAUGCCAGCUUCUGCUGAGCUCAUCAGUUCAGUUA